GUUGCAUACAGAUGAGUUGGUAGCCGGUCUGAGCUGACCCACAGACUUGUAAAAACCAACAGGGUCUCAGCACCCUCACCUGGGAUACCCAAACUCUUGGACCAGAGGUGCAAGGUCUUGCCCACAUCAAGGAUCCAGCUGCUUUCUUGGGGACCAAGAAAUUGAGAUUUUGUCUCUACACUUACUCUGGCAAUCCAUGAGAUCAGAGUGUUGACAGAAAGAAUGUUCAAACAUCUUCGGAAAUGGUUUGUUACUCACUUUUUGGGGCAUUCUCGGCAAAGAGCAAGACUGGUCUCCAAAGAUGGAAGGUGCAACAUAGAGUUUGGCAACGUGGAGGCCCAGUCAAGGUUUAUAUUCUUUGUGGACAUCUGGACAACUGUGCUUGACCUCAAAUGGAGAUACAAAAUGACCAUCUUCAUUUCAACCUUCUUGGGGAGUUGGUUCUUCUUUGGUCUUCUGUGGUAUGCGGUAGCCUACAUCCACAAAGAUCUCCCUGAGUUCCAUCCUUCUGUCAACCACACCCCUUGUGUGGAGAACAUUAAUGGCUUGACCUCAGCUUUUCUGUUUUCUCUGGAAACACAAGUGACUAUUGGAUAUGGAUUCAGGUGUGUGACAGAACAAUGUGGCACUGCCAUUUUCCUUCUUAUCUUCCAGUCUAUACUUGGAGUCAUCAUCAAUUCUUUCAUGUGUGGUGCCAUUUUAGCCAAGAUCUCCAGACCCAAAAAACGUGCCAAGACCAUUACAUUCAGCAAGAACGCAGUGAUCAGUAAGCGGGGCGGGAAGCUUUGUCUCCUAAUCCGAGUGGUUAAUCUUAGGAAGAGCCUCCUUAUUGGGAGUCACAUAUAUGGAAAGCUCCUGAGGACCACAGUCACUCCUGAAGGAGAGACUAUUAUUUUGGACCAGAUCAAUAUCAACUUUGUAGUUGAUGCAGGGAAUGAAAAUUUAUUCUUCAUCUCCCCAUUGACAAUUUACCAUGUCAUUGAUCAAAACAGCCCCUUCUUCCACAUGGCAGCAGAAACUCUUCCCCAGCAAGACUUUGAAUUAGUAGUGUUUUUAGAUGGCACAGUGGAAUCAACCAGUGCUACCUGCCAAGUCCGAACAUCCUAUGUCCCAGAAGAGGUGCUCUGGGGCUACCGUUUUGCUCCCAUGGUAUCCAAGACUAAGGAAGGGAAAUACCGAGUGGAUUUCCAUAACUUUAGUAAGACUGUGGAAGUGGAGACCCCUCAUUGUGCCUUGUGCCUUUAUAACGAGAAAGAUGCUAGAGCCAGGAUGAAAAGAGGCUAUGACAAUCCCAACUUCAACUUGUCAGAAGUCAAUGAAACAGAUGACACCAAAAUGUGACAGUGGUUUUUCAACAGGAGUAAAGCAAAGUCUUGAAGAUACCUAGUGACUAGAAGUAUUAGGAAGCAAUCAACAAUUUGAGGAUAUGAAAUUAGGACAAGAGCCUUCAACGUCUAUCAGCACCAUGCCCCUGAAUCCCACAGCCAUGAUUUUACAAGACAGGUAGCUCUACAAGGCAACUGCUUUAGAACAUGAAAUAUUCUUACAGGAAAUAGCAGUAUGGAAGCCAUAGGAGUUCACUUGGAAUCUUGAAUAUGAUUAUUUGAAAUCAUGCAGUGUUGAUAGAAACAAAAUCAUCAAAAGUUUAAUGGACAGGUCAAAUGAGAUCUUAAAAGUCUCCUUGAAGAAGUUAUGAGCUUUAGAUAGGAUCAGGGAAAAACCAUAUUCUCAUUUUUAUUCUACUGAUAAGAAAUAAGCCACUUUUAACAUUGGCUUUUAUCAAGGGAAAAAUGGUCUCCCUCAGAGAGCCAUUUUUGGUUGGUUGGAGGAGAUGAACUAAUCAGAGACAGUAAGAAAAGACUGGUGGGUACCCCAAGAAAAUCUGUGAAGCUCUGAGCUUCUC